UGCCCUUAUGACAUCACCAUAAACACAGCCUUUUCUCUACUCCCCCCACCCCCACUCUUUCACUGGAGCUUUGGCUGGAGGGCAGACCGGAGGGUGAUGGAACCAUCUAGCCCACAACUAUGGGCUCCAACGACGACGCCGUGGAUGAGAAGGUCAUCAUAAGCACAGAGGAUACUGCUGCUGUGUUCAUCCAGGCCUGGUGGCGAGGCACGUUGGUGCGACGCACACUGCUGCAUGCUUCCCUCAGGGCGUGGACCAUCCAGUUAUGGUGGAGGCAGAUACGGGUGAAGCUCAUGGAAAAUAGGCGGCGUAAUGCGCUGGAUUUCUAUGCGCGGAAAGAGUGGGCAGUCGUCACGCUGCAGGCGUGGGUCCGAAUGUGGCGCAUCCGCACACGAUACUGUCGAUUGCUAAAUGCUGUCCGCAUCAUCCAGGUUUAUUGGCGUUGGCAUAGUUGUCAUACCCGUGGUUUUAUUCAGGGAGACUAUGCUCUCAAAGAAAACCAAUUGAAUAUUCAACUUGAAAUCUCUCUGGGUUCACAGGCUUGUAAGGUGCAACAACACAUACCCCUUCCAUUAAAAGAAUGAUCAGGUCUGCUCUA